AGUACACAUACACUAAAAAUGAAAAUAAAUAGAGAAAAACACCCUUUUUAAACAAAAAAUAUCCAACGUAAGAGCUGGCCCAUAUGAUAGGAGUAAGCAUUAAAUAAAACCAAGGCCCAUAUAAGAAUACACAAAUAGAGUUCAAGAAAGGCCCAUAGUUAAGCCCAUUAAAGAAUCUCGCUUUCGUAAAUGUGAGAGUUGACACUGUAAACAACAAACAAACCUUCUGAGAUUUCGCCGGCGAGAGAAGAGUGAGAGAGAGAGAGAGAGAGAGAGAUCUAACGGUUGAGAUGUUCCUUCGCGCAAUCGGACGGCCGUUACUGGCCAAAGUGAAGCAGACGACGGGGAUCGUGGGGCUCGACGUCGUACCGAACGCGAGGGCGGUGCUGAUCGAUCUCUACAGCAAAACCCUAAAGGAGAUCCAAGCCGUGCCGGAGGACGAAGGAUACCGCAAAGCGGUGGAAUCGUUCACGCGCCACCGUCUCAAUGUGUGCAAGGAAGAGGAAGACUGGGAGGCGAUCGAGAAGCGUCUUGGCUGCGGUCAAGUCGAGGAGCUCAUCGAGGAGGCGCAAGAUGAGCUCACACUCAUUGGGAAGAUGAUCGAAUGGGACCCUUGGGGUGUUCCAGAUGACUACGAGUGUGAAGUAAUUGAGAACGAUGCACCCAUUCCCAAGCACGUUCCUCAGCAUCGACCUGGUCCUCUUCCUGAGGAUUUCUACAGAACCCUUGAAGCUCUAAUUUCAGAGUCCAAAACAAAAAUCCCAGCUGCUGCUACCUCCACUGAUCCGCAGUUGAAGGAGUGAGUAACUUUUCCAGUUCUACAUUGUUUGUUUGUGUUCUUUGUUUGGCCACUGUUCAGAGACAGCGAGCCUAUGAAUAAACUGGUUAAUAAUCUUUGAAAACUAGCACAAUGUCACUCGUUUCAUAAAUGUUUUUUAUCUUUCUUCUCAAAGACCGCCUAUGAUAAUACAAAUGAUGUUUCAUCCC